AUGCCGGCUGCUGUGGACUCCAAGAAGCGCAAGAGCUCCAAGCAUGGCGCCACCACAUCCUCCAAGCGCCGUGCGGUCGCCGAAAAUGACUUCGCCGAGAGGCUAGCCACCAUCCAAGAGCUCGAAACCCAGAUUGCCGAGUCGCGCAAGCACUACAACAAUAUCGCAACCCUAAUUUCAAUGCUGGGAGCACCGAAGAACCCGGAUUUGGCAGUGGCAGUAUCCCUGUGUCGGGUUUUUAGCCGAUUGAUCGCGGCCGGAAACCUGACCGAUUCCAGUCGGGCUGCAGACAACGAGAAAAUCAUUGUGGCAUGGUUGAAGGAGCGGUGUGUGGAAUAUCAGAAGGCAUUGCUGGCCAUUAUGGCUGAGGCCGAUGCUGCAUCUCAGAUUACUGCUCUGACGCUGGGCAUGCGCCUGGUCAAAGAACGGGUGACACAUAUUCCCAGUGCGGAUAACACGGUCUGGACCUCGGGGAUGUUCAAGGAUAUUUUCGAGGCGGUUGUUGAAGCACCAGAGUCCGAUCUCCGGACCGACUUUGUCGCCAAGUUUGUGCAGGAAUAUGACGACGUGCGAUACCACACGUUUGCACAAGUUGCCGAAUAUGGUGCCUCCAAGCGAAGUCCUGAAGUCCUCGAAAGGCUCAUCGAAAUUCUCUCUGCCUCCGAAGACGUGCCAGACGUGACCCACGAGUUCGAAAAUUUCUACACAGAAACCAAGAACAAACGACUGGUAUCCGUCAGCUCCCACAAGAAGCGCGCCCAGGAAGCAUGGCUGGCCAUUCUGCGCAAUAAUCUGUCGCAGUCUCAGCGAAAGACCCUCCUCCGAAUUAUGGCACCUUCCAUUGAACCCUGGUUUUCUCGUCCCGAGCUCCUAAUGGACUUCCUAACGGACUCUUACAACGAAGGCGGCUCCAUGUCACUGCUCGCCCUCUCGGGUCUCUUCUACCUCAUCCAAGAAAAGAACCUGGACUACCCGCAAUUCUACCAGAAGCUCUACUCCCUCCUCAAUGCCGACCUGCUCCAUUCCAAACACCGCUCCCGCCUUAGUCGCCAGUUUCAUCAAGCGUCUGUCCCGGCUGGCGCUGAACGCGCCCCCUCCGCCAUCGUGGUGAUCGUGCCCUUUAUAUACAACUUCUUCAAAAGCCACCCCACAUGCACAUUCAUGAUGCAUCGCGCAAACGGGAAGCCGGGUAUGCAGGAGGACCCCUUUGAUUCCGCCGAACCAGACCCAACCCGCACCAACGCUCUCGAGAGCAGUAUCUGGGAAAUCGAGACAUUGCAGUCUCACUACCACCCCAACGUGGCUGCCAUUGCACGCAUUAUCUCGGAGCAGUUCACCAAGCAGGCGUAUAACCUGGAAGACUUUUUGGAUCAUACCUAUCAGGGCAUGGUGCAUGCAGAGCUUGGGGAGGAGGAGAGGCCGAUGCGCAAGGUCCCGGUUGUGGAGUAUCAGAUCCCCAAGCGGAUUUUUACGGAUCGGUUGUUGGAGGAGGAUGGGGGUGUGGAUUCUGGUCCGGGGUGCUUUCUGCGUGAACUGUGGGAUUUCUCGUAA